AUGAGUAUGACGAGUGCAGAAUACGGCAUGGAUACGAUAUGUCAGCCUAUGACUGCGAAAGAAGAAGAGCAACAACAGAUGCCACCAUAUCACGAUAUGACUCGGUCGAGGGCACCGGAAUGCUCACAGUCGGCCACAACAUUCAACUUCCCAUACCCUCACUUUGCUUUAUUAUACAUCAACCGCAAUGGGGAGCUCAGUGUGGAGGCUUCCUCUUCCAUUGUGAGUUAUGAGAAGGCCAUCUUCACGCACGAUGUUAGGGAAAGGUUUCUGAAAUCGGCCACGGCCGGAUGGCAGCCUGAUUUGCAAAGUUAUCACGCCAAUACCGUGGGUCACAUGGACGGCGAUGUCAAACACUUUUUGUCCAACACUCCCUUUGGUUUACAACAAUCGCAUCACAAUCAGACAGGCUGGUAUAAACCUGAGCUAAUUCCUUGCGAAUGGCAGUCGCUGCAGAACAAACGUCACAGGCGAAACCUCCGACGUGUGAGUUCUGAAGUUGGUCGUGAUUCAGAUUCGAAUUCUCCCGGCUCGACGAUCAGGUGGACUGCACUUCGACUUGGACAAAAAGAGCUUUUACGGACAUACUACGAGAAAGCUUUCGAAAACUUCCAGCAACUGAACUGCAGGGCAAUUGCUAAGGCGUUCGUCAAGUUAGUCGAGCCCCGCAAGCAAGUCAAUCAUCCAUAUAAUGGACGAAAGACUACCGCAGGAUCGUCUCAGCGAGUAGAUCCAGAACUGACCAAGCCAAAAUGGUGGCCUACGGGCGUUACACACAGAGAGCCCGAUCAUCUUCUUAAAGCUGAAAGAAUUAGACUUCUUGUUCAUAUUCUGUGCGAAUUGAAGGAGAGCCAUGGGAUUACGGCAGACAAACUCAAGGAUGCCGGACAAGAUGUGCGGCGACAGAUCAUGCCGUCCGAGCGGUUGCGUGUAUUGGACGAGAUUUACUACGUUCGAGAGAUGGAAGAGUUAUAUCUAGAUGGCAAGAUCAGCGGAGAUACCAUAAUCCAUGUCUCCCAUGUUCAUCUGGCUGAGGCCAGUACUGACGUCGAACUGCACGAACAAUCAAACAGCGACGGCGGCUCCAAUCAUCAUCUACUUAACCCAGUUGUCAAGUCUAAGCGAGAUAUUUCCAGCAUGUCCGAGAAUUAUAAACAAAGAUAUGAUGGUGACAUUCAUUCCACUGAACAUAGCCAGCCAGCAAGGCAGUCACUGGGCCAUGGUCCCUGCGCCCCUGUAUCCCCGCUUUCCACUCCCUCCAUUAGUCGAAAAAGUUCGCUGGAGAGCAGUCUCACGACAUACUCGUCUGACCUGACUUCGUCUAUGCUAUCCUCUAGCGAGACCAAUCGGGUAUAUGCAUCAAAAGUUGUCAAUGCACCCAGGCCGUGCAUUCCAGGUUAUUUUGCCCAGCAAAUCUCCACUCAGCCUACUGGACAAAACACUCAAACUGGGUUCUGGAAUACUGUCCCUCAAGGGCAUCAAUCGCUUGCGUUUCAAGGAUAUUGA